AUGAACAGUCUGGUAUUUUUCAACCCAGAUGAAACAGUUGACACUCUUUUAAAAAAACCAAUUCAGCUAAUUAAAGAUACUGCAAUAACUUGUACCAGAGAUAAAUGUGGCUAUCACUAUGCUUUCAACCUGUCCAGUCUUUCAUUUAAUCAUUUACAAUUUAAAGAAUGUUCACUCGAUAUCACUCCAUCAUUGGAAUCAAAAAUCAAUCUUGUUGAAAUCAAAAAGUUUAUUAAUGAAAGUGAAAAUGUAAGAAACAUCAACUUUUAUUUCCAGAUGUCAUGA